AUGGGCAGCAAGCGAAAGCGGGUGCUAGAGGACUUUGAUCCAAACAAGUCCGACUCUGAGGACGAAAACUUCGACCCAAGCGAGCAGCGCCCUCAGCGCAGCUCCAAGAAGGCUCGGCCGUCUCGCGGAUCUCGCCCGGGCCGCAAGCGGAGCCACCGCUACCGGGGCUCCGAUAUUGACGACGACGAAGACGAAGAGCUCUCCGACAGCCAAGAAGAAGGCUCCUUUGUCGACGACGACGAGGAGGAAGAGCAAGACGCCCCCGUCAACGCCGCCGGUCGCCGCACCCGAAAAGCCGCCAGGACCUUCCACAACUACAAGGAGAGCAGCGACGGUGAAGACGAGGACGCUGAAGAUAUCAAAGACGACGAAGACGACGUCCCAGAAGACGAGCCAGAGGCAGAAGCGGCUGAGGAGCUCGAGGAGCCCGAGGAGCCCCAGCCGAAGGAGGAGUCUCACGAGCCCACCUCGCGGAGACUCGUUAAGCUCCGGGUCCCCAAAACCGCAACUAUGCCUACUACUCGCCGGUCGACACGCGCUAGCACCGCCGACACGGACGAGUUUGUCGAGCUCUCCAACUCGGGCCGUCAUGCCGUCACCUCCCGCGACUCGCGCAGCCGAAGCCCUGAAGCCUAUACUCGCACUCGCAAAUCGUCCCGCGCUAUGAAGGGCCUCAAGUCUGCUCCUGAGCCGAUAGAGCCGAUUCAGGAAGCUACGCAGGAGAGCAGCGCUCCUCGAGUGGAUGACGCGGACCAGCCUGACGAACUCUCUCAGGAUGCCGAUAUACUCGAGGGCAAGGCGGCUGAUGAAGAGAUGCACGAUGUCGCCGCUGGGGACCAAGAUCAGGAGGAACCAAAGGAGGAAGCGGAAGCGACGGAAGCGGCCGCAGGCGAUGACGAAGAUGACGACGAUGUUCCUGUUACGCGCAGGACUCGAGCCUCUCGUGCUGCUGCGUCUGCACCUGAAGAAGGACAAUCCGACGCGGACCCCAACACGACAUCGCGCCGUCUGACGCGUGGCUCGCGGACCAAGAAGUCGACUCAAGAACCUAGCAGUGACUUUGAGCCUGGCGAUGAGUCCGAGGAUGCAGAGAUGUCGGGCAGCGACAAAGCGAAGAAUCAAGAAGACGACAGCCCCACGCCGCGCGGUCGCUCCAAUCGUCGUGGAGGUCGCACUUCACGCCGUGCCGACGACUCUGCAGACGAGGAGCCCGAUUUUGAUCUUGACGAACUGAACGAAGAAGCAAGAGAGCUGCGCCAGUCCUCUCGGCCCAGGCGCCGGCGGCGCGAGUCCCCCGUUGCGUAUCAAGAGCACUCAAGGCGGUCUCGAGCCAAGGUGAACUACUACAUGCCGCCGCUCACGGCUGUCAACAUCGAGGAGGAGGAGAUCCAGGAUCCGGCGCCGACUCCAUCUCGCUCUCGCCGCGGUAGGGGCGGCGGCGGCGGCGGCUGGGAUCGGGGCCUGAACACGACAUACGGCCCCUUUGGCGGUGGUGGCGGCGGCGGCUCCCUUCUGGGUGGGCCAUGGGGCACUGGUGCUGCUGGAGGCGCCGACUCUGAUAGCAGCGACGACGAGAUGGUCCAUCGCUCGAGCGUGGCCGGCAAUGUUGGAAUGACGCCCACUUCUGCAGCCCCCGGCGGACUCCUACCUGGCGGUCAGGGUCUUGCUGCCGAAGCCGUUGGUGCCACGCCUAAUGUUGGCAAAAUUAAGGAUCGCAAGGCGCUUGCAGAUGCCGACCCGCUCGGCGUGGACCUGAAUGUCGACUUCAGCAAGGUCGGUGGCCUGCAGGGGCACAUCGACCAGCUCAAGGAGAUGGUCCAACUCCCGCUCCUGUACCCAGAGCUCUUUGCCAAGUUCCACGUCACGCCCCCUCGCGGCGUCUUGUUCCACGGUCCUCCCGGAACAGGUAAAACGCUGCUUGCUCGUGCCCUCGCCAACUCAGUUGGUUCUGGAGGGCGAAAGAUCUCGUUUUACAUGCGCAAAGGAGCAGAUGCAUUGAGCAAGUGGGUGGGUGAGGCCGAGAAGCAGCUACGGCUUCUCUUCGAAGAGGCACGAAAGACGCAGCCCAGUAUCAUCUUCUUCGAUGAGAUUGACGGUCUCGCGCCGGUUCGAUCGAGCAAGCAAGAGCAAAUUCACGCCUCGAUCGUGUCGACUCUGCUUGCGCUCAUGGAUGGCAUGGACGGCCGUGGCCAGGUCAUCGUCAUUGGCGCCACGAACCGACCAGACAACAUCGACCCUGCCCUCCGUCGUCCGGGGCGGUUCGACCGAGAGUUUUACUUUCCGCUGCCCGACAUUGAGGGCCGUCGAGCGAUCCUCGACAUCCACACGCAGGACUGGGGCCUGUCGGAUCAGUUCAAGGCCUCGCUUGCGGAGAAGACCAAGGGAUACGGUGGUGCCGAUCUGAGGGCGUUAUGCACUGAGGCGGCCCUCAAUUCCAUCCAGCGCACGUACCCACAGAUCUACUCGUCUCGCGAGAAGCUCAUCGUCGACCCGGACAAGAUCACGGUUCACGCGUCUGACUUCAUGAUGUCGAUCAAGAAGCUGAUCCCCUCGUCUGAGCGGUCUGCCACGUCUGGCGCCCAGCCGUUGCCGAGAUCCGUCGAGCCGCUGCUUCGUGCCCAAUUCGCCGAGGCGAAGCGCGUUCUGGACCACUUACUGCCUCGCAAGAAGAAGUUGACUGCCUUGGAAGAGGCCAUGUACGAACAGUAUCAGGACGACGACCAUGGAUUCGGCCGUGAAGUCAUGCACCAGGAGUUUGAGCGAUCGCGCGUCUUCCGACCGAGGUUCCUCAUCUACGGAGUUCACGGCAUGGGCCAGACCUACAUAUCCUCGGCCAUCCUGCAUUACUUUGAGGGCCUGCACGUACAGAACUUUGACUUGCCAAGUUUGUUGGCGGAUGGAAGGCCAAUGGAGCAGGUGAUUGUCGGUCUCUUUACGGAGGUUCGCCGGCACAAGCCGAGCGUCAUCUACAUCCCCAACAUUGACGCCUGGUACGCGACCUUGACCGGUACUGUGGCGUUGAUCACCUUCCAAACAAUGCUCAAGUCGAUCCAGCCCACGGAUCCCGUCUUGUUGCUGGCGACUGCCGAGUGCGAGAAAGGAGGGCUGCCAGGCGAACUGGUGCGCGACUUUUUCGGAUACGCUCGCAAGAAUAAGAUGGAGAUUGGCCGUCCAGAGAGAUCGUAUCGAAUGGAAUACUUCUCCACGACCCUUGAAUACGUCAAGAAGAAGCCAGCAGAGUUUCCAGAUCCGGAGAACCGCAAGAAGAGAGUCUUGGAGGAACUUCCAGUUGCUCCUACGAUUCAAAGCAAGCCGCCCACCAAGGCAGAAAUGAAGGCCGUGCAGAAGAGGGACCAUCAGCUGCUGAACGGCCUCAAGAUUCAGCUGCAGCCGAUCAUGGACCAAAUCAACCGGCGGUACAAGAAAUUCAGGCAGCCGGUCAUCCCCCCGGCCCAGAUCGAGUAUCUCUUUGCCGAGGCGGACCCCAAUUUUGUGCGGCCAGACAUCCCGGGAGCCGAAGUUCGACCCUUCGAGAUCGUCAAGGACAAGCAUGGGAACGACGUGUUGCGCGACACGGCCACGGGCAAAUGCUACUACAACCUGGAGACGACAACAAUAGAGGAGCGCUUGUCGAAUGGAUUUUACGCGCGACCGAAGGACUUCCUGUUCGACAUCAAGGCUCUUGCCAGGGACGCCAGGAACAUUGGGGACAAGGAGCGCACGCUCAAGGCAAACGAGCUCCUCAGCAAUGUGGAGGUCGACGUGGCCAGCAUCGAGACGAGCACGGCUCAUAUUGACUGGGAAGGGCUGUAUCAACGUCAGUUGCAGCGCGCGAAGCUCGCAGCAGAGCGAGAACGCAAGCGGGCGCUGUUGCAGUCGAUCAGUGACAGAUUCCAGUCCGAGCAGGCAGCUGGGAACGACAGCGACUCUCAAGGUCCGGUCACGCUUGGUGAGGCAGUUCCAGGGGCGCGUACCAUGGCCAGAUUCCAGCUGCGUAGCCCGCUGUCGAACGGUCACGGCUUGGGGCUUGAGCAGGCCCAGGAGCCCCAUCCGCUGAGCAACGGGACGUCCAACCAGACGGAUGGUAUCAAGGACGCCGACGUGCAGAUGAGUGGUGUGGAAGACACGCAGGAUGCGACACAGACACCGGCCAUGGGUCCUCCGGCCAGGUCAGCGGACCAGUCCGCCGCGGCUUACACGGGAAUGACUCAAAUUUCGCAAAAGUCGGCUGUCACGUCGCUACCCCCAGGUGUCUCGCCGUCCGCGGUCAUCAACGAGGCGUCAACGACCAAGACAUCGGAUCCAUCGACGCACCGGUCGUCCAACUGGAGCACCCAGCUCACAAACGGAACCCAUGGUGAGCAACGCAACAGCGGUCACGACAACGACGCCGACAUUCCCGAUACGUUGCCGUUGCCCGCCCAGAGCCAGGCAACGUCAAGUGACGAGGUGUGGAUACACUCGCAAGCUCAGGCCAUGGCGCGGGGCGACGUCGCACCCAGCGUAGCCGGGUCCUCUCAGUCGCAGGCUCGUCCAGUAGACUCGGGGUCUCGCAGCGGAGGCGCUCCUCCCCAAUCUCAGGAUACGCACGGCGAGGACUCCCAUCUCGGGAACUCGGGCUCGUCGGCGUCUCAGCCACUAGCCGUCGACGGGGCCGUUGAGGGGUUCUUGGUCGAGGUGACAGACGGUACGUCUGGCUGCACCAUCGAGCAGCUCGAGCAGAUAAAUCGGGAGCUCAUGGAUGAGAUCUGGAGCAGCCGGCACGAGUGGAACCGCAUGAAGGUGCUGGGGCGUGUGACGAGAGUGUUCAACGAUACAAUUGGUGAGAUGGAGAUCACGCAGGGCAUGGACCCCCUGAGCCAGGAGUGA